UCGAUCUCCGGCCAGUUGCAACUCCUAAGAAAUAUAUAUAUCAUCCCUUCCAACUCCCUCCCUCCCUGUAAAGUUAGUUAUUCCUUGCCACCACCAGCCCAAUUGUGCUAUUCUUCGUGCUAGCUACCGUUCGCCCAUAAGAUUGUAUCAUGUCAUCUAUCGUCCAUAUGCAUUCAUCCAUCGCCCAUAAGAUUCUUCUUCUCUAAUUCUCUCUGAAGUAGUUUGCUCUCUCUCUCUCUCUCUCUCUCUCUCUCUCUCUCUCUCUCUCUCUCUCAACCAAAUCGAGACCAGUGAUGGUAAUGGUCGCCUUAUCAUGGUAAUCAAACGGUACAUAUCAAGAUCAAGUGUUGCGUUCGUGAAAUAUUUGUGAUCAUUAAUUACCGCCAAAAGAAUUUAGGUACGUAAGGGCGCGCGCGUAUGAUUUCAGCAGCGAUGCAACAAAUAUGGGAGGUAUUCAUAUUUCUCUUCUUCGCCACGUUCACAAAGUCGGUCUACACAAGGCCAUGCGGGAGACCAAGCGCUCCGUUACCAGACGAUAGCGCAAGCUAUUGCUUGAGCUGGAGGCUGGGCGUGGAGGCAAACAACGUCCGUGCGUGGCGGACCACACCAACUCAGUGCCUGCGACACAUUGAGAAUUACAUGACUGGUGGCCAAUAUGAGCGUGACCUAAACUUCAUUAUGGAGCAUAUUGAGAGUUAUAUUGAUACGAUUCAGCUCUCUGAGGAUGGCUUGGAUGCUUGGAUCCUCGACGUGGACGAUACCUGCAUCUCUAAUGUCUUUUACUACCGAGGCAAGCGUUUUGGGUGUGAUCCGUUUGAUCCUGACGGGUUUAGGAAGUGGGCGUUGAGAGGAGAGUGCCCGGCGAUACCAGCAGUUCAAGGGUUAUUCGACAAUUUGGUGGGAAGAGGAUUUAAGGUGUUUCUGGUUACGGGUAGAGAUGAAGAGACGCUGGGGCAGGCUACACUUGAUAAUUUGCACAAGCAGGGAUUCAUUGGUUAUGAAAAGCUGAUUAUGAGGAGCGCAGCAUACAGGGGACAAAGCGCGGUGGCAUACAAGUCAGAAAUAAGGAAGCAAUUGGAAGGUGGUGGAUCAGGUGGGGAUAUUGGUGCCGGUGGUUACAGAAUAUGGGGUAACGUUGGAGACCAGUGGAGUGAUCUUCAAGGGAAUUGUACGGGCAAUCGGACUUUCAAACUUCCUAAUCCCAUGUACUUCGUUCCUUGAGGAUUUUGGACUAGACUAGACUAGACUAAAUUUAACUACCUAAUUAAAGUGAUCGAUCACCCAUUGUUGUCUGAACUCGAUCGUGAUUAUGAAUUAAUAUCAUCGAUGACUUCAAUAUAUAUAUAUAUAUCCAACUGUAAAAAUAAAAUAAAAUGUCACAUGUAUC